CAUUCUUACCUCAUGCAACCAUCGACCCAAGUUGGUGAAAGCCAGAAAAUUCGUCGCUCGAGGUUGCGACUAUGCGCUGUUUGUGGCAGGAGGAAGCAUCAGCAAUACAUGCAGACGUUCACCGAAAAUGUUGCAAAAAGGGAAGAAUGGAUGAAACUCUUAUACGACAAUGACGCUGUGCUGAUGGAACACCUAAGGCAAAGACUGGGAAGCUCUGGACGGAAGUUCAUAUGCUACGAUCACUUUGCCGCCGACCAGUUUGAAUCUACACCUCAGCGAGCACUGAUUCUGAAAAGAAAUGCUGUUCCUUUACGUUACGACAUUUCCACGUUCAAACCGAAUCGGUACCUGAACUCCACGAAUGAACCAAAGCCAAUUAGAAUGUGCGAUGAUCAGGCAAUUCACAUGGAUCUGCUACUGAUUCCUCCACAGAUCUCAUCAAUGGAGUUCUUACUAAAGAAUAUCGAAGUGUAUUUGCAGAAGCGAGAUUAAGAUUUUAUUUGUCACAAACAAGUUUGGUGUACAGUUUGUAUAUAUAUAGAAAUUGGAUC